UUUAUGCUGUCAAUUACAAUUGGGAAUCUGUCAAACUCUGUCACAUCAAACCUCAUAAAAUUUUCAACUCUUUAUUACAGUCACAUAAUACAUAUUUUGACAUGGCAUUGAGACCCAUAGUUCAAAACUCAUCGUCGCUUCAAGAUCGAGUCAAGUUCACAGAGCUCAACAACUUAUCGAAUGGUGCAAAAAUCUUGUUUGCUUCCGACGACUUUUUUGCAAAUGCAGAAAAUCUGUUAAAGGAACACAAUGCGGAAUGGAAGGAAGGUGUAUUUGAUCCCCAGGGGAAGUGGAUGGAUGGGUGGGAGACGCGUAGGAAACGAAUUCCUGGUCAUGACUUUUGCAUCAUCAAACUGUCGCACCCCUCGGUCAUCCAUGGCUUUCAUGCCGACACCUCCUUCUUCACUGGCAAUUUCACCCCCAGAAUCUCAAUCCAGGCUGGAAAACUCACCCUGAAAGAAGAAAGUAGUAUUGUGAAACGAACUGGGGAAUCAAAUAAGGCUGCAACUGAAACUGAGCUGAAGCAAGUGGCUACUCUUGGAACUGAUAAGUGGACCGUGCUGGUUCCAAGGUCAGAUUUGGGUGCUGGGUAUAUGGACACUUGUGACACAUUUUUCCCCGUGGAUAAUCGUGAGACAUGGACACAUCUGCGGCUCAAUUACUUUCCUGACGGUGGUGUCGCCAGGCUCAGAAUUUAUGGGCAGGUGAAGAGAACGUAUGAAGACAUUAUUGCGAAUGGCAUCUGCACAAAGGAUGGCAACAGCACAUUGGUUGAUCUCGCAUCAUCCGAACACGGGGGCAUCAGCAUUGGAUUCUCCAAUGCCCAUUAUGGUCAUCCUCGAAACAUGUUAUUGACCCGUCCAAUCCCAAAUAUCGGGGAUGGCUGGGAGACAGCUCGGCGAAUGGAUAGGCCGGAUGUCAUAACAGAAACUGGAGCUGGAUUCAUGGAAUCUCCAGGUCAAGAAUGGGCUGCUUUCCGGUUGGGAGUGGUAGGGAAAGUUGUCAAAGUCCAGGUCGACACCACUUGUUUCAAGGGAAAUUUUCCUGACAGCUGCAGAGUGGAAGGUUGUUAUCUCUCCAACACUGAGGAUGAACAGCAACUGGUUUCACCUGAGGACGCUCCGGGGUUGGGGAUUUGGAAAAUCCUGGUUCCUCUCAGCAAGAUGGGGCCGGAGAAGACUCAUAUUUUCCUUGUGGAUGACAAAAUUGGAAAUAAGAUUAGCCACGUGCGGAUAACGAUUGCUCCUGAUGGUGGUGUGGCACGGCUCCGUGUCUGGGGCAUCCCGUCGCCUUAAAAAAUCUAAAACUAAUUCGAAAAUGCUAACAAUGCCUGCGUGCAUGAGAAACAAAAAAUAUAUAACACUUGAAACAUGA